GUAACUAGCGUUCGGGCAUCAAUAAACAACAAUGUAACGACCGUGGGCCCUUGCAGUCACGUGAACUCCCCUCUCUCCCUGCGCUGGCUGAACCGGUGAUGAAAUGCUCCUCCGCCCACAGAAAUUUCCCCUUUCACUCUCCCACUUUCCGCCCUCACACGCGUCUUGCUUUACUGGUUGCUGGUCAGAUUCCGGGACCGGUACUACUGACUCUUAUUUCAAACACGAAAACCUCGCUGUCUGAGCUCAGAACCGGACGUUUUGCCCAUCAUGGCGCCUUCGAAGUGGGAUGAGGAGGAGGAGAGCAGCAGCGGUCCCUCGUCACCGCCUGUCAUUGCUCCCAGGCGCAAGUUCGACGAUGAGGAGGAAGAGGAUGUCCUCGACUCGUGGGAUGCUGCUGAGGACUCUGAAGUAGAGCGCGAGAAGGCUGCUAAGGCCGCUGCGGCGAAGGCCAAGGCCGACGCAGAGGCCGCCGCAAACAAAAAGACCAAGGCUCAGCGGUUAGAGGAGCUCAGGGAGGCCCACCGGCGGCAACGCGAGGCAGAGGAGGACAGUGACGAAGACGAGGAUGAUGCUACGCGCCGAGCGCGCCUACGUGCCACGGAGAAGGAGUCGGACCUUAAGCACGCCGAAGACUUGUUUGGCGAUAUCGACCUGAACCGGAACCGUGGUGCCCCUAAGGCCGUGGUCGUGGGUGAUGCAUCGGACCCUACGCAGGCGAUCGAUCUGUCGGCCAUGCCUCUCUUCAACCCUACGACGAAGGACCAGUUCACCAAGCUCACAGAGACCCUGCUUCCCCUGCUGACACGGCACGCGAAGAAGCCCCAUUAUGCCCUCUGGGCGCAGGACUUCACCAAGAAGCUGGUCAAGGAGCUGAACAGCGGAGAAAUCAAGAAGGCUGCCAGUGGUCUGACGACUCUCAGCAACGAGAAGCUGAAGGAGGAGCGACAAGCAGACAAGGGAGGCAAGAAGUCCAAGGCAGCUAAGAGCAAGGUUUCGCUCGUCGCCCACCGAGACAACCACAUUGACACCACAGUCUACGCUGCUGACGACGAUUUGGGCGAUGACGACUUUAUGUGAUCCCAUUUGGCUUUAGAAAAUUUCCGUCUUCCUGUUGUUCUAUGCUUUGCUUUCUGUCUGCGUGUCUUCGGAUACGGGCAAUUUCUCUUCCUGUCCCAUGAUCUUUACAAUUGUUCACAUCGUACCGUGGUAAUCGGCAUGGUUUAGCCAUUUUUCUUUCUUCUAUAUUCUUUUUCUUUUUCAUUUCCCAUUCUAGAUUGUGUAAAUCCAUUAUCUAAAACAUUACAGUAGAAUCUAUCUAUCAAUCUGCUCCUCUUUUUUCCGUAG